GACACACCGGAUAUCAGCCUCAAUUAAACACGUAGAAGAAGAAGAAGAAACGCCGUGCAGUGGAUCUCAUUUUCACAGUAACGGCAUUGUUUUCAAAGCAUGCGGUAACCCUGCGCCCUGUUGCCCCUUUUUCCUGAGCACGAUGGCUAAUCAGAGAGUGCUUCCUCAGAGCAAAGAGACUCUGCUGCAGAACUACAACAAGAGACUGAAAGAUGACAUCAGGUCCAUUCUGGACAACUUCACAGAGAUUAUCAAAACAGCAAAGAUUGAGGAUGAAACGCAGGUUGCCCGAGCAACCCAAGCAGAGCAGGACCAUUAUGAGAUGCACGUCCGAGCAGCCAACAUUGUAAGAGCUGGUGAGUCCCUGAUGAAGCUGGUGUCCGAUCUGAAGCAGUUCCUGAUUCUGAACGACUUUCCCUCGGUGAACGACGCCAUCAGCCUCCAGAACCAGCAGCUCCGCUCGCUGCAGGAGGAGUGUGACAAAAAACUCACCUCGCUCCGUGACGAGAUCGCCAUCGACCUGUAUGAGCUAGAGGAAGAAUAUUACUCCUCCAGCUACAGUCAGUGGGACAGCACUGAUCUGCCACUGUACGAGGCCUACCGCCGACGAGACAGUUGGGCCUCGCCAGGCAGCAGCUGCAGCUCCACGCAGGGUGAUCGAGAGGACGUGGAGGGACCUCCUUCUCAGGAGACAAACCCCCAACACCACCUCAACGGACACGGGACAUCUACUAUAGAGAAACCAUGAAGAGAAGAGAGGACUCUGAUCAACGCUUGUGCGCUGUUUUUACUGCAGUGGUUUUGCUAAUUUAAUUUCUGUUACACAUUGUGAAUUAGUAUCUUAUUAGGUCUGCCACUGUAAUGUCAUAGACUAAACAGUAGACCUUGGCAUUGAUGAUUUAUUUUUCAUAAACAGGUAUUAUAGCAAAAAAGUAAAGAAACUGUCCUAAACAAGAAAUACCUGGACAAAAGUCAUCAGAAUGAUGGUGUACGUAUCAGAUGUAACAUUACCCUCAUUGAAAAUGACUUUAUAAAUCUGCAUACAUUGAUUUAUAUACUGUAUAUUGAAGUAAAGCAAAAAAUGCAGACAACUUUUAUUAGUGUACCUUUGCAGCUGUUAAAUACUAGUAUUCAUUUUGUUCUAU